GUUAGGCCCUUGUAAUAUAGUUCAAAGGUUCAAACGUGCUGAGAUUCUGAUAAUAUUUACAAUGUUAAAUCCAUGAUACCUUUUGUACGGUGUGAACGAAAAUGCAAGGACGUCAUGACAAAUUAAGUAAUUUACUGUUAUUAGUGACAGCACAAGUAUUAGUCUUGUUUGGAUAAAAAAAAAAAAAUAAAAAAAAAAUACCAUUAUUUCUGUUCAGAACUAAUCUCUCUUAAUCUAGAGUGCAAGAUUCUGUUAAUAAUCUUUUACAAUGGCAGGUCAGCAUGGAUUAUUACCGUUUCGUUCCCGUGUUAAGCGUUUGUAAAGGGAUAAUCUUAUGGAUCAAGAUUUUCGCACAGUAAGCACGGGUAACAAGACUACGUGCGUUGGACAACAAAGAGUGCGUGCAAGGAAAGUUCACUGAUUGUUUUUACCUUGUUAGUGAGGACCACAUCGCUUAGAAAACACGGAACCUUUCUCAUUCAACUUUCAUUCUAAUAAACCACUGCUGGCUUUCAGUAUAUAGUAUUUAAAGAAAAAAUAUGAUUCUAAUGGAUAUAUGCAAAUUUCUCCUAUAAUUAUAAUAAAUAAAUAUAUCUUUCAACAAACAUGAAACUGAAUUACGUGAGGAUAUAUAUAUAAAAAAAAAUAAUAGUGUGUUCACAAACUAAUAUUCGUGGAGUUAACUAAAAAAGAAAAGGAAAAUGGAUGUUCGAAUGCCAGUGUUAGAAAUUAAAGACUUGUCCACGACGUUUGGUUUAGACAUCACUGUUCCAAACGGGGGACUUGUGGCAUCUGCCGCAAAUCAGAGAGCUUACAAAGCAGAAUGUAAGAAGAUCUAUGACGAUUUCCUACUAACGAUGAGUAACUACUUUCACGAAGAAACCAUUGUUAAGAAGCAGCUUGAGAAACUCCAGACGCAAAACAAGGGGGCAAACAAAGCUAAUAAUGCAGUUGUGACUGGACGAAUAUAUAGUAGUGCUGGAUUACGGAAGGGUGGGUUUGUCACGAACUUCAAUAGACCCAAGACCGUUCAAGGCUUGACAACUUCCACGCCAGAUUUUUCAAGACACGGAAAGGGGAUAAAUAGUAUAAAAAGCGCACAUUCCGUAUGUACCACUGGAUCAUACGACGGCGUUAUGGACCAAAGAGCGGAUUAUUCAUCCGACAGACGAGUCAGAAUGAAGCAGGACGUCUUCUUAAAACUCGGUUCAGACUCGAUGGAUGUCAAGUUUCAAAACAAACAAGGGAAGUUCAUCAUGAAACCAAUAUCCUCCAAGAAGAAAGCUAAAAGUACUCCUUCAACAGAGGUUCCUGGACAAAAGCAGAGUCAGUUCCGUGAAAAGAUGGCUCUAGUGCGACGUCGCACAAAUUUCAAAUCGCCGACACUUUCGUCCGAUUUAAAAAUCAACAAUAUUGUUGCGAUUCAGAGAUCUCUACAAGGACUACCCUCUAAGAGAAUGACCGUAAGAGAAGUGAUGGGCAAAGCUAUCGACAGGAAAGCUCGAAUGUUCAGAGUACAAGUGGACGAAGAGUCUGGCUCGGAGAGGAAUCAACGCAUCAACAUGAUGACGAUGAACAGGUCGGUGGACAUGGAGUCUGACACGUACUACGAAGAGGACGAGGAGUCCUACAGCAGCGACGGCCACGGUGGUAUUAGAAAAGUAGAGAUAAGAGAAAAUUCUGUUUACUCUCCAGGAACUACCGAUAUGCCUGAUCCGUACAUGGAAGCGGGUGCGCGGAGGUUUGACUCUUUACCCACAACCAGUAGAUCGGCCAUUGAGAUGGCCAUUGUGCGCCUUGGUUUUCACGACCUGCCAUACACUGUUCCCACUGCAUUUAACUCGAGGGUCAGCCCAAGGGGAUUGUACAUGGAUGCCAACAGACUUAAAGGAAAGACCUUUCUCGCGUACGACAAAAACACUGGUGUAGCAAACGUGAGUGCUCGAAUGACACGAGCCCCGCUGACCAUCUCGGCAGACGCGAUGACACCAAGGCGAUCAAAGAUUCACAGUCACCGGGAUUCGGUAGCUUUCAUUAAACAAGCGCAGGAUGAGGAUAUGGAACGAGAAAAGAAGUUAAACUGUUGGAGGCAACGGAUGACGUUUGUGUCUCUGAAACAAGGCAGUCUGGCCCGCGUUUUAUCGGGUUCAGGGAGAUCUGCAGCUACUUAAACGGAUAUUUCAAUGUGAUUUAUUGUAUAUACUCGUGUAUUUAAAAAUAACAGAAAUAACAGAAAACACAAAAUAAAGCUUGUAUAAUCCUUAUAUCAACUUCAAGAAAGUGAAAUCCAUAGAUGUCGAGAAGUGUGUGGUAAAUUUUGAACAGGGCAGUGGAGUUAGGCUGCCAUACUAAUUUCGAGAUCCUCAAAUCCACCAAAGACCAAAGACAUAAUGAGCUACCCUAUCCCUACCAUUUAAAAAUUCUCUGUGGCGUUCCUGCGAUCCCAAAUAUUGUCAAUGAAGCCAACGUAGAAUAUUCGGGCACCCAGGUUUUCAUUUGUUUAUGUGAUGGUCUGCGAGGUGUAUUAUUCACACUCUUUCGUCACCAAAAUCCGUACGCGUUGUAAAGAAACUACAGCUAAUCAGAUAUUAUUUUUAUUUUUAUUUUUUUUCUAGUUGGAGAAAAGCUUGUAGUAUUGUGCCAUGGUCAUUUAUAAAUCCCCUCCC